AGGGCAGGUGGAAUCAAAAUAUUCCGAUAUUUUUUUCGAAAUGAAAUCUCGUGCCAGUAGACCGAUUAAUUUGCUUCUAAUUAUUUUUCUCAUUUUUCUUGGCAUUGUUCUUUUAUACGGACAGACAACAUCCACCGACUCAGAUGAACUAACCGAGCUGCGUCCCAAUGUUCCAUUAUUCAACAGUUGGAAUAAGUGUAUGACACACAAAGUGUUUAAUGAAACCGAUCACAAAUUGUUCUGGGCGAAAUUUCAAAUUUGGACCGACGAAUGUGAUAGGAACGCGGAAAUUGAACAAUUGAAUCUGGUUCCACUUCGAAAUAGUGAUGAGAUUAAGUUUGGGCUCUUGCCAGUGGAGAGUGAUUUAUUGGGAUCUUCUAGCAAUCUAGUAACAUUGGGAAUUGGAAAAGAUAUUGAUGCAGAGCUCCUUUACAAACAGAAAAUGAACGACAUCGGCCGUAACCUGACAUUUUACGGAGCCGAUCCUAUCACCGAUGUCAACGCGGAUCUCUAUUCCCGAAUCGGAAAGUACUUCCCGUUUGCCGUCGGAGGGGAUGCUGGGUACUCAACUGCAAGUGUGUAUGUAAAUGGAACAUACAAAAAUCAAGAUGUCGUCCACGUCGAUUUGAUCUACUUUUUCGAUCGUAUUUUGAAGAUUAAGACCUACGACAACAUUUGGCUGGACGCUGAGGGAGCCGAGUACCCAUUAUUUGACAUUUUUCAGUCUACCGGAAGACUUGACAGGAAGGGGAUCAAAUUCUGUCAAAUGAGCUUAGAAGUGCACAGUCCAUCAGAGCCUCAACAAAUUCAGUUCAUGGAGCUUAUCAAGCAAAUCGUCAGGGAAGAAAGAUACGGAAUGCAUAAUAAUCGAAAUGUCGGGCACAUGAGAAUGUACUUAUUCAAUUUUGGAGAUUCAUAUUGUGUUAAAAAGUUCUUGAUGAGAAAUUUGUACGAGUUGGUGGCCAAGUGAUAAUUAGUGAUAAUUAUGAUGAUCUCAAUGUUUGUUAGUUAACUGGAUAAACAUUUCAAAACAUUUAUAAAAAGCAUGUGUAAAUGCAGUUUACUUGUUUAAAAAAAAUAAAGUUUUAUGUAUUUA